CUACCAUCGUCUGCUAUCUACAAUCACUUGAAGUUGAGUCUGGCAUCGCAGAUAUUGGAUAGUACGAUACCGGGAUAAUUGUCACCAUGUCUGCACCCGGAAAAUCACGAUGGGCCGAUGAAGACCCCGAAACCGAAGCCCUUGUCGCACAACAGAAACGAGAAAAGGAGGCCAAGAAACGCGCCAAAGCAGAGAGACAACGCAAGCUGGAAGAAGAAGCCGAAGCUAGCAAAGCAGCGGAAGCCCAGAAACAGCAGGAUGACGCGCUCGGUGGACAACAGCAACAACAACAACAACAGCAACAACAACAGCAACAGCCACCCGCGAAACGACGUCGAUUGUCCAACGAUCAGUCCACUGUCGCGACGACAGCAACUCCCGCUGAAGCUGAACAGCAGCAGAAACGAUCUGAAUUGCUUCGCUUCCCGAUGCGCGAAUGGGGCCCGUGUCGACAUGUGGACAACUUCGAACGCUUGAACCAUAUCGAAGAAGGCUCGUAUGGCUGGGUGAGCAGGGCCAAGGAUAUCACAUCUGGCGAGGUGGUUGCUCUCAAGAAGCUCAAGAUGGAAAACUCCCCCGAUGGAUUCCCCGUUACUGGUCUGCGCGAGAUCCAGACCCUCCUGGAAGCCCGCCAUCAGAACGUUGUUUAUCUCCGUGAAGUUGUCAUCGGAAACAAAGUGGACGAUGUAUUCCUCGUUAUGGACUUCCUCGAACAUGAUUUGAAAACCUUACUCGACGACAUGCGCGAACCCUUCCUCCCAUCCGAAAUCAAAACGCUCCUCUCGCAAAUCCUUUCCGGCCUGGACUUCCUCCAUUCGCAAUGGAUCAUGCACCGCGAUCUGAAGAGCUCGAACCUGCUCCUGAACAACCGCGGAGAGAUCAAGAUCGCCGAUUUUGGCAUGGCGAGAUACUACGGCGACCCGCCACCGCAGCUGACCCAGCUCGUUGUCACGCUGUGGUACCGCUCUCCUGAGCUACUACUGGGUGCCGAGAAAUACGGCACUGAGGUCGACAUGUGGAGCAUUGGCUGUAUAUUCGGAGAACUCCUCACCAAGGAGCCCUUGCUGCAAGGAAAGAAUGAAGUCGACCAGGUCUCCAAAAUCUUCGCCCUAACAGGCCCCCCAACCCAACAAACCUGGCCCGGCUUCCGCUCCCUCCCCAACGCCAAAUCCCUCAAACUCCCAUCCACCUCGUCUGCGCCAUCGGGAAACCCACCAUUACUCCCCCGCACCAAAUUCCCCUUCCUAACCAACGCCGGUUUACACCUUCUAUCCUCUCUCCUUGCGCUAAACCCAAGCUCGCGCCCUUCGACUCAGGAAUGUCUGUCGCAUCCGUACUUCCGUGAGGAUCCACGCCCCAAGCCGAAGGAGAUGUUCCCGACUUUCCCGUCCAAGGCGGGGAUGGAGAAGCGGAGACGUCGUGCGACGCCCGAGGCCCCUAAACGUGGCCAGGAGGCUCCUCAGUUGGACUUUGCGGGGGUGUUUGGGGGUGCUCCUGGUGGUGACACGGGUGAGGCAGGUGCCGGGUUUACUCUUCGUUUCGGUUGA